GAUGGGGAAAAAAAAAAUAAAGCCCAUUAAAGCUGUAAGUAGCAUUAAAUAGGCUCGAUCUGCCCCCGAUCUGUACAGAACAAAGGCGGUGUUGCGAACAAAAUCAAAGCAAAACAUAUGACCUUCAUGCCCUAAUUUAAAAAGAAGGAGUUCUGUGUAGCAACAGGAGAAUAAUGAAGACAAAAUUCUCAAAAAGCUCCAACAGCCCCAAACGUUCCAUUCUUUGGUACCUUCCCUUGCGGUAUAAGGGUAAAAUGGUACGGUACAGUUAGACCAGCUCCACCCCCGACAGUCCACUGAUUUUGCGACAGAAAAAUGUCACUCCCUUGCGACCGGUGUCGGCACUCUAUUCUCAUACAAAGCUUGACGUCUUGUUGAGGCAAACCGCCACACCACGUCUUUUGUGUCCCGUUCCCGUUCGAUGUUGUCAUUCGUUGUCGUCGCACCAGUCCAAACAUAAGCCUGACCCAGAGGCUUGUCCAUCCUAAACUGUGCAAUACUGUAUCAAACGGAAUCGUACCAUGAUGGAAACACGGCUUAAGACGCCAAGAGAUCUAGAGCUGCACAGUUUGUAUAGUUUGUGGAGAAAAUGUGCAAAGUAUAAGGAGAAUGUUGCUGGUUGAUGGCCUGAAAGAAUUGUUGACCACUAUGUUUUGUCUAAUGCUUGUUCUUGAACACUGCUGUUAAUCUCCUGAUUAGGGUCUGUUUGUCGACAUUGAGCUGCCAAUAGGGUCAGUUCCAAUUGGGAGCAAAGUUCUUUCUGUUGAACUCUCCUAUAUAAAGGCAGAACUUUGUGUGGAUCAUGAGACCUGCAGCAGCAGCAGCUUUCAUUGUCCCCCGAGCACGAUGUUGAACAUCAGUGAGCUGCCGCCGCAGCAGCAGCAGCAGCAGCAGCAGCAGCAGCUCCUUCCCUUCAGGACCUCAGACCGUCUGCUGCAGCCUUUCUGGGAUAGCUUGCUUCUUCACCACCUGCCUCUUAUCUCGUCACCCUUUUUCCCAGUUCUUCUGGCCUUUUCCAGUUAUUUCAUCUUCAGCGUGCCUUUCGCCGCUCUAGAUCUCCUGGGAGAGAAGCUGCCCGUGAUGCAUCAGUACAAGAUCCAGCCAGACAGACAGCCGACACUGGCCAUGAUGGCCAACAGUUUCUUCAAGGCGCUGUACAACCACGUCGUCUUUGUCCUCCCGUCCGUCGUCAUUGGAGUGUUCGUGUUGCCCGCACUGACACUGCCACACGAGGCUCCCACUCUGUAUGAGGUGUUCGUAGAUGGACUGGCAGUUCUUCUCCUCUUUGACAUGCAGUAUUACAUUUGGCAUUUCAUACAUCAUAAGCACUCGCAGCUGUACCGGUGGGUCCACGCCAUCCACCACGAGUACAUGGCGCCGUUCUCAUGGUCGACGGAGCAGCUCAGCAUCCCAGAGCUCAUGACCGUGGGUCUCUGGAGCAACCAGGACCCUGUUCUUCUAAAAUGUCACCCACUGACCACGUGGUUCGUCACUGUGUUCAGUAUCUGGAUGUCCGUGGAGGACCACAUAGGCUAUGACCUGCCGUGGACCCUCAAUCAUCUGAUGCCUUUCAGUCUGCUGGGCGGUGCACCUGCUCAUGACAUGCACCACCAGAAGCCAAACAGUAACUACGCUCCAUUCUUCAGCCAUUGGGACAUCAUCUUCGGCACCAAGGUUCCUCUAAAAAUAAUAAGAGAUUGAUAAAGACUGAAAAGACUUCUUAGCAGAUUGUUGCCACCAUCAUUUUAACAGUAUCACAUUCUUUCUCUUUGUGAAGUCAUUAUUUUUAUCUUUUGUCUCUUUUUUGCAAAACACAUGACUGCCUCUCUUGGUUUCCUCUGGGAAACACAAUAAGAAAGUAAUUGAAAAAUCAAUUUUUUAUGUUUUUAAAUUCAAUAAAAUGAUCGUUUAUGGAAA